AUGGCUACGGGCACCGCACCGUCUCGGAUAACACUCACCGUUGCCCUGUUGCUCAUCGGCGUCGCGGGGCUCACCACAUCCGCAACUCCAGAUAAUUCCUGUGGCUACCCGGGAUGUCCGGCUCACGCCACUGUCGCGUUCUCGAGAGACGACAUGACUCCCAGCACUGUGGCGACGUACGUCUGUGAUCCAGGGUACGAGCUGCUGGGUCCGUCACGGAGAGUCUGCACCGUGAACGGAACCUGGGUGCCAGAGGGAGUUCCUUACUGCGUGAUAAACGUUGCCGCCGGCAAGGCCCCUUUGCAGUCUUCAACGGUGGCCGGCGGAGUGCCUCAGAAGGCCGUUGACGGCAGCACCAGCGCCUUCUUCACACCUGACACUUGCUCGCUGACCGAACCGGAACUGUCACCAUGGUGGUACGUGAACCUACUCGAGCCGUACGUCGUGCAACUGGUGCGCAUCGACUGGGGCCGAUCGUCCCAAGUGGAUCCCGAUGGUUCCGUCGUCGCGAACACCGUCGUGGUGCGGGUAGGGAACAACCGACCCGACCUUGGCGCCAAUCCGGUGUGCAACCGAUUUGCCGGACCACUCGAAGAAGGAAGACCCCUGUUCCUGCCCUGCGCAGCACCCAUGCCAGGCGCUUUCGUCAGCAUACAUCUCGAAGGUCCGGCCCCCCUGUCACUAUGCGAGGUGUUCGUCUAUACGGACCAGGCGCUACCCGUGGAACGGUGUCCGUCCUUCCGCGAUCAGCCUCUUGGUUCGGCGGCCACGUACCACGGCAAGUGCUACGCCUUCUACAACAACCAACCGGCGCCAUUCGAGACAGCGCGGCGUUUCUGCGAGCAACGAGGGGGCUCACUAGUGGACGAGACGAGCCCCGCACUGCAGGGCUUCCUGAGCUGGGAGCUCUACCGACGUCACAGGCAUGACGGCGACUCCGGACAGUACUGGAUGGGCGCCACCAGAGACCCACGUGACCCGACUAACUGGCGCUGGAUCAACGGUCGAGAGGUGACCAUCUCCUUCUGGAACUCUCCCACCAGCUCAGCCCCGGAGAACAACUGCUCUCGCUUUGACGGCAACCGCGGAUGGCUGUGGUCAGACACCAACUGCGACCACCCACUCAACUUUAUUUGCCAACACAGACCAACGACAUGUGGCAAGCCCUCACGUCCCCCCAACUCGACACUGAUAGCCAGGGACUUCAAUGUGGGUUCUGUGGUGGAGUACCGCUGCUCGCCGGGACAUCUUCUCGUUGGUCCUAACAUCAGGACUUGCCUGGCCAACGGGUUCUACAGCGAGUUCGCGCCUAAAUGCAGAUACCUCGAGUGCGGUCCACCUGCUCCGAUACCCAAUGGGUCUCUGGAUCUCAUCAACGGCACCAGGCACUACCUGAGCGCUGUCGAAUACCGCUGCCGGGAGGGAUUCGUUCUCAUCGGCCGAAGCCUACUGGUCUGCGACGUCGACCAGCGAUGGAAUGGACCACCGCCCAGAUGCGAACCGGUCAUGUGCCGACCUCCGCCAGCCGUUGCACAUGGCCUCGUUCGCCUCUCGGCUGCAUCGACCAUCUUUGGCACGGUGGCCGAGUACGACUGUGAGCCGGGCUAUCAGCUCAGCGGCAACCCGCAUCUGCUCUGUGGACCCACGGGCUUCUGGCAGGGAGAAGUGCCCGUAUGCCUCCGGCCGACAACGCCGAGACCUGUUUUGACGACUACGACGACAACAACGACCACUACGACUGAGGAGCCGCCGCUACCACCUCAGAUCAACGGUCACAGCGCGGGUGGCAACGAGGGCCCCGCGAUCAUGCCGACAAGGUUCCAUCCGGACUUCAUGCCCGACCGUCCCGACCUGCGGCCCACGUUCGUGACGACAACGGUGGCAUCUCCUCGGCCGAGUGCGACGGCCACAGUCCGGCCGACGCAGCGGCCGCGGCCUCAGCCCACGACACCAUCGCAGCCGCCACGAAUACCGGCGUUCCGGCCGUUCGACCAUGACGUGGCCGGAUCAACGGGACAACGGACGGUGCUGGCCCCGCCAGACCUAUAUAACACAUUUGGCGACGAAUCGACGGCACGUUCGGGAGCCAAGCUCAACCAGGCGGGUUUCAUAGCACUGGGUGCCUUCGGAGGUCUCGUCGUUGUCGCUGCAAUUGUCGCAAUGGUCGUCAUCUUCAUACGACGUGCGAGGCAAGGGGACUGCGACGGCGUCGACCGCUGUCGCGGUUCCAAGGUGCCGCCGGGAGGAUCGAGUGGCUGUUCGUCUCUGGAGCACUCUCCCGUGGGCGCCUACGCCGAGCACGGACUGCAGAGGCACUACAAGCGCGCCUGGGAGAACCUGCGCUACGACGCCGGCGCCGCUGGCCACAAGGCACCGCGCAUCGAGACGCUAGACCACCCGCACGUCGUGACAGCGUCUCGGACUCUCGAGGGAUAUCGAGAGGCCAACGAGAUUACCGUGAAUGACGUGGCAGCACUGUAUGGCCGGCCGCACCGGAGGUGAUUGUGGUGUGGCCGGUUGACAGUCAUCAUGAACUCGAAUGUUCAUUCUCGCGUGAAAAGACUUGUGUUAAAGGUGUGAACUGCUUCGCGAUGAGUCCGCAGGCCAGGAAAUCUACAUAGGCGAGUGAACACCUCUUGCGUAAGGGCGUUUGAUUAGUGUUUGAUGCGUCCAACAAGUGUGCAUCUUCCGAUUCUUGGUACCUCUGCGGUAGUUUAAAAGAACGAAGUUCGACAAACAAAAAAUAAAGCUGUAGUCUGU